GCCGGGCCGGGCCGCCGGGGUGGGUGGGGGCCCGCCCGGCCCGCCCAUGGGCUCAGGAUGCCGGUGCGGAGGGGCCACGUCGCUCCGCAGAACACCUUCCUCGACACCAUCAUCCGCAAGUUUGAGGGCCAGAGCCGCAAGUUCAUCAUCGCCAACGCUCGGGUGGAAAACUGUGCUGUCAUCUACUGCAACGACGGGUUCUGCGAGCUGUGUGGCUACUCUCGGGCUGAGGUGAUGCAGCGGCCUUGCACCUGUGACUUCCUGCACGGGCCGCGCACGCAGCGCCGCGCUGCAGCGCAAAUCGCGCAGGCCCUUCUGGGCGCCGAGGAGCGCAAAGUGGAGAUUGCCUUCUACCGGAAAGAUGGGAGCUGCUUCCUGUGUCUGGUGGACGUGGUGCCCGUAAAGAAUGAGGAUGGAGCUGUCAUCAUGUUCAUCCUCAACUUCGAGGUGGUGAUGGAGAAGGACAUGGUGGGGUCCCCGGCUCAUGACACCAAUCACCGGGGCCCCCCCACCAGCUGGCUGGCCCCAGGCCGCGCCAAGACCUUCCGCCUGAAGCUACCUGCGCUGCUGGCGCUGACUGCCCGGGAGUCGUCGGGGCGGGCUGGCAGUGCAAGCAGCGCGCGUGCCCCCGGGGCCGUGGUGGUAGAUGUGGACCUGACGCCUGCGGCGCCCAGCAGCGAGUCACUGGCCCUGGACGAGGUGACAGCCAUGGACAACCACGUAGCAGGGCUUGGGCAAGCCGAGGAGCAGCGCGCGCUGGUGGGCUGCAGCUCGCCACUCGCAAAUGCACCUGGCCCACACCCGUCGCCCCGGGCACACAGCCUGAACCCUGAUGCCUCUGGCUCCAGCUGCAGCCUGGCCCGAACGCGCUCCCGAGAGAGCUGCGCCAGUGUGCGCCGGGCCUCUUCAGCUGACGACAUCGAGGCCAUGCGUGCCGGGGCGCUGCCCCCACCGCCACCGCGCCAUGCCAGCACUGGGGCCAUGCACCCCCUGCGUAGCGGCCUGCUUAACUCCACCUCGGACUCAGACCUCGUGCGCUACCGCACCAUUAGCAAGAUUCCCCAAAUCACCCUCAACUUUGUGGACCUCAAGGGUGACCCCUUCCUGGCUUCGCCCACCAGUGACCGGGAAAUCAUAGCACCCAAGAUAAAGGAUCGGACCCACAAUGUCACUGAGAAGGUCACCCAGGUCCUGUCCCUGGGCGCUGAUGUGUUGCCCGAGUACAAGUUGCAGGCGCCGCGCAUCCACCGCUGGACCAUCCUGCACUACAGCCCCUUCAAGGCCGUGUGGGACUGGCUCAUCCUGCUGCUUGUCAUCUACACGGCCGUCUUCACGCCCUACUCGGCUGCCUUCCUGCUGAAGGACACAGAAGAGGGUCCUCCGGCACCUGACUGUGGCUAUGCCUGCCAGCCGCUGGCUGUGGUGGACCUCAUUGUGGACAUCAUGUUCAUCGUGGACAUCCUCAUCAACUUCCGCACCACCUAUGUCAAUGCCAAUGAAGAGGUGGUCAGCCACCCCGGCCGCAUCGCCGUCCACUACUUCAAGGGCUGGUUCCUCAUUGACAUGGUGGCCGCAAUCCCCUUUGACCUGCUCAUCUUUGGCUCUGGCUCUGAAGAGCUGAUCGGACUGCUGAAGACAGCGCGGCUGUUACGGCUGGUGCGUGUGGCACGGAAGCUGGACCGUUACUCGGAGUACGGGGCGGCCGUGCUCUUCCUGCUCAUGUGCACCUUCGCACUCAUCGCGCACUGGCUGGCCUGCAUCUGGUACGCCAUUGGCAACAUGGAGCAGCCGCACAUAGACUCUCGCAUUGGCUGGCUGCACAACCUGGGCGACCAGAUCGGCAAGCCAUACAACAGCAGCGGCCUGGGCGGCCCCUCCAUCAAGGACAAGUAUGUCACCGCGCUCUAUUUCACCUUCAGCAGCCUCACUAGUGUGGGCUUCGGCAACGUGUCCCCCAACACCAACUCAGAGAAGAUCUUCUCCAUCUGCGUCAUGCUCAUUGGCUCCCUCAUGUAUGCCAGCAUCUUUGGCAAUGUGUCAGCCAUCAUCCAGCGGCUAUACUCUGGCACAGCACGCUACCACACACAGAUGCUCCGCGUGAGGGAGUUCAUCCGCUUCCACCAGAUCCCCAACCCGCUGCGCCAGCGCCUGGAGGAGUACUUCCAGCAUGCCUGGUCCUACACCAAUGGCAUCGACAUGAAUGCGGUGCUGAAGGGCUUCCCUGAGUGCCUGCAGGCAGACAUCUGCUUGCACCUGAACCGCUCGCUGCUGCAGCACUGCAAGCCCUUCCGAGGGGCCACCAAGGGCUGCCUGCGGGCACUGGCCAUGAAGUUCAAGACCACACACGCACCACCUGGGGACACACUGGUGCAUGCUGGGGACCUGCUCACCGCCCUCUACUUCAUCUCUCGGGGCUCCAUUGAGAUCCUGCGGGGUGAUGUCGUCGUGGCCAUCCUGGGUGCUGCUGGCCACCUGGCACUGUCUUGCUUGCUGGGAGCUGAGGGAGGACGGGCUGGCAGAUGCUCCCCUGGCUGUAUGGGCUCAGGGCCAGCUGGGAAGAACGACAUCUUUGGAGAGCCACUGAAUCUGUAUGCGAGGCCUGGCAAGUCCAACGGGGAUGUGAGGGCCCUCACCUACUGUGACCUGCACAAGAUCCAUAGGGACGACCUGCUGGAGGUGCUGGAUAUGUACCCAGAGUUCUCGGACCACUUCUGGUCCAGCCUGGAGAUCACCUUUAACCUGCGAGAUACCAACAUGAUCCCAGGUUCCCCUGGCAGUGCAGAGUUAGAGGGCGGCUUCAAUCGGCAACGCAAGCGUAAGCUGUCCUUCCGCAGACGCACGGACAAGGACAUGGAGCAGCCAGGGGAGGUAUCCACCUUGGGACCGGGCCGGGUGGGGGCAGGGCCCAGUUGCCAGGGCCGGCCAGGGGGGCCCUGGGGGGAGAGCCCAUCCAGUGGCCUCUCCAGCCCCGAGAGCAGUGAAGAUGAGGGCCCAGGCCACAGCUCCAGCCCUCUCCGCCUGGUGCCCUUCUCCAGCCCCAGGCCCCCCGGAGAGCCGCCGGGUGGGGAGCCCCUGACAGAGGACUGUGAGAAGAGCAGUGACACUUGUAACCCUCUGUCAGGCGCCUUCUCGGGAGUGUCCAACAUUUUUAGCUUCUGGGGGGACAGUCGUGGCCGCCAGUACCAGGAGCUGCCUCGCUGCCCCGCCCCCACCCCCAGCCUCCUCAACAUCCCGCUUUCCAGCCCUGGCCGGCGACCCCCGGGUGAUGUGGAGAGCAGGCUGGAUGCCCUUCAGCGGCAGCUUAACAGGCUGGAGACCCGGCUGAGUGCAGACAUGGCCACUGUGCUGCAGCUGCUCCAGAGGCAGAUGACGCUGGUUCCACCUGCCUAUAGUGCUGUGACCACUCCGGGGCCCUGCCCUGCCUCCUCCUCUCCUCUGCUGCCUGUCAGCCCCAUCCCUACCCUCACCUUGGACUCGCUUUCUCAGGUUUCCCAGUUCAUGGCGUGCGAGGAGCUUCCUCUGGGGGUCCCAGAGCUCCCCCAAGAUGGCCUCGCUCGACGUCUCUCCCUGCCGGGCCAGCUGGGGGCCCUCACCUCCCAGCCCCUACACAGACAUGGCUCAGACCCUGGCAGUUAGUAGGGCUGCCCAGUGUGGACAUGUGGCUCAUCCAGGGAUCAGGGUGCCACCUGGGCCCUUCCCCUAGGAGGCCCUGCUCAGGAGGCCCUGCUAUGGAAGGGGAGAGGAAGUGGAAGGAUCAGCUUCUCCCCCAGCCCUUGGGACCAUCUCCUCCUGUAGCCCCCUGGGCCCCAGUGAGAGGGGCAGGGGCAGGGCCGGCAGUGGACUGGGGCCUGUGGUCUCCCACUGCCCUGAGGGCAUUAGCUGGUCUAACUGCCCGGAGGCACCCGGCCCUGGGCCUUAGGCACCUCAAGGACUUUUCUGCUAUUUACUGCUCUUAUUAUUAAGGAUAAUAAUUAAGGAUCAUAUGAAUAAUUAAUGAAGACGCUGAUGACAACGAAUAAUAAAUAAUUAUCCUGAGGAGA